CAUGUUCUAUGUGGGAAAUGUGUGGUUUUAGUGGUGUAUUACUUUGACCACGCAUUUCCCGGGUCUCGUCACUUUUUCCCCGAUCCCUUACUUGUAAUGAUUUCCAGGUGUAUGUAAUUUAUUUUGUCCCUAUUUAAAGUCCUUGUGUUUGAUGUUCUUUGCUUGUGCGUUGUCUUUCUUGUUGUGAGUAUCGUGUGCUUAAAGUAUCCUGUCAUGAAAGUAUCCUGUCUAGUUUAUUGUUAUUUAGUAGAGUUUGUUUGUUAGUCAUCCUAGUUUAGUCAGUGUUUUGUUAUCUUGUAUUUGUGAUGUUUUGCCCCCUCGAGGGUUUUGUUUUUUUCUGUUUUUGUGUCUUUAAUUAAAUUCAUCAGUGUUUUUGUAUACUUCCGUCUGCGCCUGGGUUCUUGCAUUGCCAUUUCCUGACAGAACGCACAAGCCAACACCGAACCCAGCAGACAUGCACAGCCGUCAAGCGAGGAGAGGUCGUGGUAUCGUCCUGGAGUGCGAACCGGGUCCAAUCUGGUACGAUCCACUCGUGUAUGGACCCGGUGUUAAUUCCAGGAGGAACCCGACCAGAGCCACUGAGCCUGUUCCGCUCCCUUCUGUCCCGGAGGGUCGAGUCAUGGGAGUUCUGACCCUGGGCGGUCCGAGGCUCACCUCUCCCAACCCAGAGAAUUCCUCUCCACCAGUCUCUCUCCGGGGAAAGCGAGAGAGGAGGAUUUCAUGGGAGUCGGCAUCCGGUGGGUCCUCAUCUGAGUCCGUUUUGCCUGCCACAGUGCCUCUUCUCCCUUUGCCACUUUCUGCCCCGCGACCCAGGAGAAAGAAGAGGAAGAAGGGAGCCUCCUGUUCUCCGUCUUCUCCUGGGCUCACACCGACGUCUCAGCUAGCGGCAGAGACCCCUGUCACUCCGCCGCAGCCGACAGAGCCUGCGCAGCCGCCGCAGCCGACAGAGCCUGCGCAGCCGCCGCAGCCGACAGAGCCUGCGCAGCCGCCGCAGCCGACAGAGCCUGCGCAGCCGCCGCAGCCGACAGAGCCUGCGCAGCCGCCGCAGCCGCCGCAGCCUGCGCAGCCGCCGCAGCCGCCGCAGCCUGCGCAGCCGCCGCAGCCUGCGCAGCCGCCGCAGCCGCCGCAGCCUGCGCAGCCGCCGCAGCCUGCGCAGCCGCCGCAGCCGCCGCAGCCUGCGCAGCCGCCGCAGCCGCCGCAGCCUGCGCAGCCGCCGCAGCCUGCGCAGCCGCCGCAGCCGCCGCAGCCGGCGCAGCCGCCGCAGCCGCCGCAGCCGACAGAGCCUGCGCAGCCGCCGCAGCCGACAGAGCCUGCGCAGCCGCCGCAGCCGACAGAGCCUGCGCAGCCGCCGCAGCCGACAGAGCCUGCGCAGUCCGCGCAGCUCCAAACAGCUGCAGCCUCCCCUGUCUCGGCUCUCCAGCCGGCCGCAGCACCUCCUGUGCUUCACCCAGGACUCCUUCAACCCUUUAGUCCUGCCCUAUCCCCUUCUGUUAUGCUACCCUCUGUUGUUUACCCCAAGAACCAUGUCAAGCUUCCCAGGUCUUCCACAAGACCUCCCCGGACUUCCUCUGCUUCACCCAGGACUCCUUCACCACCACCUUUGAACUCUUUUGUUCCCCCACCCCCCCCUCCCUUUCUAUUAUGUCCCGUGUUUAGUGUUCCCCCUGAGGAGCGUCUGGUAGCCACUCCUUAA